CAAACACACAGUAAUACUGUUGUGUAUGUAUUGACAGUACAGUGAAGUGUACUGUAUAUACAGCACCAAAAAACACACAUCAAUCACAUAUAAAACACAUAUUCAACACAUUUAUCAUUAAUUAUUGCAUUAAAAUAAUGAGUGAAAACCAAUUGAGAGUCAGAUUUAUAUCAAAUAACAGCAAAACAUCGCAUAAUAAACGCAACGCUAUGUUCAACACGAGUAAUCACGUGACCACCGAUGACAACACCACUACCACCACAGCUGACGAUCACCACAACCAUCGCCACCGACGACAACAGCGAUCACACACUGGCCGUAGACAACAGCCAAUGAGACCCAAGUAUGACGAGGAGGAAGGGGUGGACGACGUGGAUGUGACCGACGAUCGCAAUCACAUCCCUGUCGACGGCAGCGAUGAUGACGACGACGAGGAGGAAGGCCUGGAGGGGGAGGAGGAGGAGGACAGGGAUGCGCCCGAAAAGAGGUUCACAACCAAUGAUAGGCGCGAUAUCAUUGAGCUGUUGUACUCGGAGGACGUGAUCAAGUAUUCAAAGGCCAACACAGCCGGUGCUGCCGCCGGUGUUGAUCAUCACCGCAACCAUCAGUACCUUUCCUACAGCGAUGACGAGUCCGCUGACGAUGGCAUCGGCGGUGACGACACCAGACGUCUGAUGCAUUCGUACGCCAACGAUAAGAAGCCAUUGCUGGACGGCUCGGGAACCGCUCUCAAGAAGUUUGCGCACAACAAACGCCAGACCCGCGGCUAUAAGACAGAUCUUCCGUACCAUUCGUUUGACGCCGACGACGAAGAGGGCGCCAUCACUGGUCACAAGACCUCCUCAUCCGCUACCUCUCCCUAUGACGAGACACUAUUGUCGCUGUAUUUUCAAGUGUUUGUGCCGUUUUUGAUCGCCGGCUUCGGCACUGUCGGCGCCGGACUUGUCUUGGAUUACGUCCAGCAUUGGGAAGUGUUUAGACAAGUGACCGAAGUGUUCAUAUUAGUGCCGGCGCUGUUGGGCCUCAAGGGUAACCUCGAGAUGACACUGGCCUCCAGACUGUCCACUCAGGCCAACUUGGGUCGCAUCGACUCCGGCCGCGAGCAAUGGCUCAUCGCGUCCGGCAAUAUAGCCCUCAUUCAGUGUCAGGCAACUAUUGUGGCCUUUUUGGCCGCCAUAUUCGCCAUAACCAUGGAUUGGCUGCCCGAAGGCGAGUUCAACUUCUCGCACGCCAUACUCCUGUGCGCGUCCAGUCUCUUGACGGCCAGUAUCGCCAGUUUCCUACUCGGUUUAUUGAUGAUAGUAGUGGUGAUUGUGUCCCAUAAAUGCCAUAUAAAUCCCGAUAAUGUGGCCACACCUAUAGCUGCAUCACUGGGCGAUUUGACCACAUUAGCCCUAUUCGCACAAUUCAGUGAUAUUUUGUAUUAUACCGUCGACACUAAUCCAUGGCUGAGUUGUAUGGUAUGUGUCGUAUUCCUCCUAUUAGUGCCCGUUUGGUGUUAUAUCGCCAAAAACAACAAAUACACCCGAGAAGUGCUGUAUAACGGCUGGACGCCAGUCAUCAGCGCAAUGGCCAUAUCCAGCAUCGGUGGCUGUAUACUAGACUUUGCCGUUUCCCGGUUUAAAGGCAUCGCUGUCUUCCAGCCGGUAAUCAAUGGUGUGGGCGGAAAUCUGGUG